GCUGGCGGUAUCGAGCACAUGGUGUAAGCAAAGAGAUUAUGUUCUUAUGUGCGUCUACAGUGUACAAGUUGAACACGUAUCCUUGACGGUUCCAAUGAGAUUUGGAUUCUCGCUCCCAAGAGCAAUGAAGGAAGGACGCUCAGCUUGCUGUCGUCACGUCCCUUGUUGCUCUGUUGCUCGCUUUGUUUCUUCAUCCUUGCCCUCUACCACAGCUCUUGCCUCUGCAAACAUAUAACUUUGUUUUAUACUGACACCAUGGUGAAGUCUCUUUUGGUUACCGCCGCCCUUGUGGCAUCUGCUAGCGCCUUUGCUCCUGCCAAGGAAGCUGUUCGGGUCUCCACUUCCCUCAACGAAUUCGCCAAUGGCUACGUUGGAGGAGAGGGUCCUGAACCUAUGCUCAUGGCAGGUAGCUCCAAGAACUGGGACCCUGUUGGCUUCACUGAGCGUGCCCCCGAAUGGCUCCCAUGGUUCCGUGAGGCCGAGUUGAAACACGGCCGUGCUGCUAUGUUGGCCACCCUUGGAUUCGUUGUCCCCGAAUUCAUCCGUAUCCCAGGUGAAGCUUACUCCUUUGAAAGUAUCCCUAGUGUCUUGGAAGCUCACGACAAGCUCCCAGAGUCCAUGAUCCAAAUCUUCGGAUGGAUCUCCUUCAUUGAGGCGUGCUCCUUCCCUGCUUUGGCCAACAUGAACGAAUUCGACCGUGCACCAGGUGACUUUGGAUUUGACCCCAUUGGUCUUUUCCCAAGUGACCCCGCCAAGCAAAAGGAAAUGCAACUCGCAGAAUUGAAGAACGGACGUCUUGCCAUGUGCGCCAUUGGAGGUAUGGUUGCAGGUGCUUCCAUCACAGGACAUGGAUUCCCCUACCUUCCCUAAGCACUGUUAGCAGGCAAGGGAGUGUCCCUGGCUAGAGCUAGCUAGCUAACUGAAGCGAAGCAAAGCAACGGUUGGGCUUUUCUUUUGUUGUAUAGACUUUCUCUUUAACAGCAGCUACUACGUAUUUGUGUAAAUACUAGAAAUGGAAGUCAACACGAAGAAUACAUGAAAUCGAUUGAUUCGUAAGCCCUCUAGCAGGAAGGUUACCAACCACC